CACUCAACUUGCAUAUCACCAUCUCUUGUUGUCACACACUAAAAUCCCAAAACCCCAAAAAAUAAACCUAAAAAUAAUGCAACCUCUAUAUAAGCACACAACUCUUUAGCCAAACCUCCAAAACAAUACAGUGCAAAACAAAGAGUCAUGGAGCCAGAUAUGGAGAACAACACCAACAUCAAAAACAACAAGAAGAGACUAGGAGGGCUUAGAACAAUGCCCUUCAUCUUCGCAAAUGAAGUUGCAGAAAAACUAGCAGUAGUAGGAUUUGCAGCAAACAUGAUCACCUACUUAACUCAACAACUUCACAUUCCAUUGGCAAAAUCUGCAACCACACUCACAAACUUCAGCGGCACGGCAAGCCUUACUCCACUUCUCGGUGCCUUCAUCGCCGACGCUUAUAUUGGCCGGUUUUGGACCAUCACCAUCGCCUCCGUAUUAUAUCAAAUAGGCAUGAUAAGCUUGACAAUAUCUGCUGUGCUACCGCAUUUCAGACCACCACCAUGCGGUGGCAAUCAAGUGUGUCAAGAAGCAACAUCAUGGCAACUAGGAGUGUUGUAUGUAUCACUCUUGUUAACGGCACUCGGUGCCGGUGGUAUCCGGCCAUGCGUCGUCGCAUUCGGUGCAGAUCAGUUCGAUGAAUCAAACCCGAAAGAGAAAACAAGAACGUGGAAUUUCUUUAACUGGUAUUACUUUUGCAUGGGAGUGUCCAUGUUGCUGGCGGUCACCGUAAUUGUGUAUAUCCAAGACAAUGUUGGAUGGGGAUGGGGAUUUGGGAUUCCGACAAUUGCCAUGGCGAUGUCGAUAGUGUCGUUUGUAGGUGGAUAUGGUAUGUAUCGGAGGUUGGAACCGGCCGGAAGCCCGUUCACUAGGCUUGUUCAAGUGAUGGUUGCUGCUUAUAAGAAGAGGAAACUACCUAUGGUUUCUGAUCCAAGUUUUCUUUAUGAAAAUGAUGAAGUUGAUGCUGCUAUUUCUUUGUUCGGUAAACUUGGACAUACCAAAAACUUUAGGUUCUUGGACAAAGCAGCCAUAGUCACCGAAGAAGAGUCUACAGAAAUCCAAAAAAACAACCAAAUCCCAAACCCAUGGAAACUCAGCACAGUCCACCGCAUAGAAGAGAUCAAAUCCCUUAUCCGCAUGUCCCCGGUCUGGUCUGCCGGCAUCCUUGUCAUCACUGCCUCCGCCCAACAAGGCACCUUCUCCCUCCAACAAGCCCGCACCAUGGACCGCCACCUCUUCUCCACCUCCUUCCAAAUCCCCCCUGGCUCUAUGUCUGUCUUCACCAUGCUCGCCAUGCUUCUCACCAUCACCCUCUAUGACCGUAUACUCAUCCCUCUCACCCGCCGCUUCACUGGCCUCAACCGUGGCAUCUCUUUUCUCCACCGCAUGGCCAUUGGCUUCUUCAUCUCUGUCCUCGCUACCCUCAUCGCCGGCUUCAUUGAGCUCAAGCGCAAGCAUGUCGCUGCUGCUCACCACCUCCUCGACGAACCUUUGACCAUGGUCCCCAUCUCUGUCUUCUGGCUUGUCCCUCAGUACGCUUUGCAUGGCGUCGCUGAGGCUUUUACGUCUAUUGGCCAUCUUGAGUUCUUUUAUGAUCAGGCUCCGGAGAGCAUGCGGAGCACGGCCACGGCACUGUUUUGGCUGGCCAUCUCGGCCGGCAGUUAUGUUAGCACUUUGAUUGUUUCGAUGAUUCAUCGGUUUAGUGCUCGGCCGGAUGGGUCUAAUUGGUUGCCGGAUAAUCUCAAUAGAGGGAAGCUGGAGUAUUUGUAUUGGAUUGUGACUCUUUUGCAGUUCUUAAAUUUGUUGUAUUAUGGGGUUUGUGUUAGGUUUUAUACGUUUAAACCCCUUCAACUCAAGGUGGCUGUGAAUGAGGAGGAUGUGGGUGAUGUGGGAAAGUCUGGUAAGGAAGGUGGUGCUUGAUAUCGUAGUGUUUGCGGAAGGAGUUUUAGCACUGGUGGUGCGUAGAUGCAAUCAAGUGGGUCAAUGACUUUACUCUGUAAUAAAAUAGUUGUGUAUAUAAAGAAAGAUGGGAAUUAAUCUUCUAUUGGGAUAUAUUUAGCUGUAAAAGAUUUGGUUGUAUAAGGGUCUGUUUAGACGCAUAAUAAAUUUUUUCUAAGGAAUUUUAUUAUAUAGGAUU